AUGAGCGCAGACAAAGUAACCUCGCUCGCCGGCGGCCUGAGCGGGUCGGGACUGGGCAGCCUGACAGGUGCUCUCCAAGGCGGCGUCAACAACCUGGUCAACAUGGGCAGCGGAUGGCUCGACAAGUUCUUCCCGCCGGAAAAGCGUGAGGAGUGGAAAGCAUGGUUGACGAAAUUCGCCACGGAGAAGCCGUAUCUCGCAUCGUUCCUACUGUCACAGAUCGCAUUGAGCGGGCUGCCGCUGGCAUUGUUCGCCUUCAUGACGGUCACGGUGUUCAUCUUCGCGCUGCUCGCGGGUAUCCUGAUCGGCGUACUGGGUGCGCUACUGUUCGUCGUCGCCGCGGUGGGCUUCGCGCUGUUGAUUCUCCUACCCAUCCUGUUCUUCACGACGGGUGCGGCCGUGUUCAUCUGGCUGUGGGGCGUCGGCGCGUAUUAUAUCGUCAAAUGGUUCAACCAGAAGGACGUCCCGGGGAUUCAUACCGAUGCUGCGGGUGGACUGGCUAAGGCGACCGGCCUGAGCGAUUUGCCUGGCAUCAAUGGGACUCCCUUGGGCGGUGGAGGAGAGAAUGGUAGCACCAGCGCCAGUGCCAGCGGAGACGAGGCACAUCCUUCCCAGCACCAGCAACACGCGAACAACUCCAAUUCCAAGGGCCAACGUACACCGGCUAAGUUGGACAAGAAAGGUACCGGUACCGGAACUACUACCGGAGCUCAGCAGCAUCAUCAUGACGCAAAAGAACCGAACUCGCACACCAAUGCACAUCAGAGGAAGCAGGUGAAUCGCCCUUCCUCGACCGGUCCUGCGUCUAAAGUGACGGACACUGUCGAUGGCGCUGGAAAGACAGCUAAUGGGACUGUUGGAGAUGCAAGGAAGGUCGUUGGUAUCUGA